UGCACCGUCUCCUCCCUGCGCCACUCAGAGCAGCCACUUCUGAGGAGACCUGGGAGGAGGAUGACCCCCGCGGAAGCUCUGAUUCUAGGGGCCCUGGCUCUGGCCUCCAUGCUGAGCCCCUGCGGAGGUGGAGACAUCAGGGCCGACCACGUGGGCACUUAUGGCACGAAUGUUUACCAGACGUAUGGCGCCUCUGGCCAGUUCACAUAUGAAUUUGACGGCGAUGAGCUGUUCUACGUGGACCUGAAAACGAGGGAAACGGUGUGGCGGCUGCCUGAGUUUAGCAAUUUCACCAAGUUUGAAACGCAGAAUGCCCUGCAAAACAUUGUUGUGGCAAAAAGAAAUUUGGACACCUUGAUAAAAGAUUCCAACUUCACACCUGCCACCAAUGAAAUUCCUGAAGUGUCUGUGUUUCCCAAAUCUCCCGUGACCUUGGGUAUUCCCAACACCCUCAUCUGUCUGGUGGACAACAUCUUCCCUCCUGUGAUCAACAUCACUUGGUUAUACAACGGACACCCCGUUGCCGAAGGCGUUGCUGAGACAACCUUCUACCCCAAGAGUGACCACUCUUUCCUCAAGCUCAGUUACCUCACUUUUCUUCCCUCCGCUGAGGAUUUCUGCGACUGCAGGGUGGCGCACUGGGGCCUGGAAGAGCCGCUCCUCAAGCACUGGGAGCCUGAGAUUCCAGCCCCCAUGUCGGAGCUGACAGAGACUGUGGUCUGUGCCCUGGGGCUGGCCGUGGGCCUCGUGGGCAUCGUGGCGGGCUCCGUGCUAACCAUCCGCCGGCUGCACGCAGGGGCUGCCUCCAGAAGCUGGAGGACCACUUGAGUCUCAGCCUGGAAAAUGGGAAGGUCAUCGGUCUUCAUAAGAAAGAAGAGGAAUGGUUCAGACUCAGCUCCCUGUCUUGGCCUUGAUGUAUGACCUAGACCUGCUCCCUGCUCCUUCCUCAGCCUCCUCGUCUCCCCGCUUGAGUGGAACUUGUGGCCAAUUUUUCCUUCAGAGACCACUGACCUUUGUGAAUUCUUCCUACUCAGUCUUCAUUCAUCUCCUACCUUUCACAGAAAAACCUGGGCCGUUCUGCCCAGCCACCUGGUUCUUAGUGACCCUAACUCAAUAUCUGUACUGAAAAAAAUUAUAUCUCUUUCCUGGGUAUCUUUGUUUAGAGUAUAAUUUUCUCUAAAUGGAUAAGUAUGGGAGACCUCAUGCUGGAAUGUUAGCAGACGUCUCAGCUCAUUUAACCUCUUUCUCAGGUCAUGUUAAUAACACACAGUCAACGUGUCCAAAUGAUAUUGUAACAUAAUAAACAUGUUUUCUUCCUUUCUGUA